AUGUUUACCUGGCGGUGCCUCAUCCUUUGGGCUGUGCUGGUCACAGCCGCGCUCUCAGCUGCCAGGCCGGCCCCUACCCUGCCCGACCAAGUUCUGCCCAAAGCAAAAAUCGAAGUGGAGUCCUACUCGGCCCACCCCGGUGACCUCCUCCAGCUGCGCUGCCGGCUGAGGGAUGACGUCCAGAGCAUCAACUGGGUGCGCGACGGCGUCCAGCUGGCCGAGAACAACCGGACGCGCAUUACCGGGGAGGAGGUAGAGGUCAGGGACGCGGUGCCCGAGGACUCAGGGCUCUAUGCCUGCAUGACCAACAGCCCCUCGGGAAGCGAGACCACCUACUUCUCCGUGAACGUCUCAGACGCGCUCCCCUCCGCGGAGGAUGAUGACGACGAAGACGAUUCCUCUUCGGAGGAGAAGGAGGCAGAUAACACCAAGCCGAACCAGGCCAUCGCUCCCUACUGGACCUAUCCCGAGAAGAUGGAGAAGAAGCUCCACGCCGUCCCUGCCGCCAAAACGGUGAAAUUCAAGUGUCCGUCAAGUGGGACGCCCAACCCCACGCUGCGCUGGCUGAAGAACGGCAAGGAGUUCAAACCCGACCACCGCAUCGGGGGGUACAAGGUCCGCUACGCAACCUGGAGCAUCAUCAUGGAUUCGGUGGUGCCGUCCGAUAAGGGCAACUACACGUGCAUCGUGGAGAACAAAUACGGGAGCAUCAACCACACCUACCAGCUGGAUGUCGUGGAGCGGUCCCCGCACCGGCCCAUCCUGCAGGCAGGGCUGCCUGCUAACAAGACGGUAGCCCUGGGCAGCAACGUGGAGUUCGUCUGCAAAGUCUACAGCGAUCCCCAGCCCCACAUCCAGUGGCUGAAGCACAUCGAGGUGAACGGCAGCAAGAUCGGCCCCGACAACCUGCCCUACGUGCAGAUCCUGAAGACGGCUGGCGUUAACACAACAGACAAAGAAAUGGAAGUCCUUCACUUAAGGAAUGUCUCAUUUGAGGAUGCUGGGGAGUAUACAUGUUUGGCGGGUAAUUCUAUUGGGAUCUCCCAUCACUCUGCAUGGUUGACAGUUCUCGAAGCUAUUGAAGACACCCCGGCCAUGAUGACAUCCCCCCUCUACCUGGAGAUCAUCAUUUACUGCACUGGGGCCUUCCUCAUCUCCUGCAUGGUGGUGACCGUCAUCAUCUACAAGAUGAAGAGCACCACCAAGAAGACGGACUUCAACAGCCAGCUGGCCGUGCACAAGCUGGCCAAGAGCAUUCCCCUGCGCAGACAGGUAACAGAAAGUAGAGAGGGGGUGUCGGCCGACUCCAGCUCCUCCAUGAACUCGGGCGUGAUGCUGGUCCGACCCUCGCGGCUCUCCUCCAGCGGCACCCCCAUGCUGGCCGGCGUCUCUGAGUACGAGCUCCCCGAGGAUCCACGGUGGGAAUUACCCCGGGACAGGCUGAUUCUGGGCAAGCCCCUGGGAGAAGGGUGCUUCGGGCAGGUGGUGCUGGCAGAAGCCAUCGGCCUCGACAAGGACAAGCCAAACCGCGUGACCAAGGUGGCGGUGAAGAUGCUCAAGUCCGACGCCACGGAGAAGGACUUGUCCGACCUCAUCUCUGAAAUGGAGAUGAUGAAGAUGAUCGGCAAGCACAAGAACAUCAUCAACCUGCUGGGAGCCUGCACGCAGGACGGACCCCUCUACGUGAUCGUGGAGUACGCCAGCAAGGGCAACCUGCGGGAGUACCUGCAAGCCCGGCGGCCCCCCGGCAUGGAGUACUGCUACAACCCUACCCGCGUCCCCGAGGAGCAGCUCUCCUUCAAGGACUUGGUCUCCUGCGCCUACCAGGUGGCCCGAGGCAUGGAGUACCUGGCCUCCAAGAAGUGCAUCCACAGGGACCUGGCGGCCAGGAACGUCCUGGUGACCGAGGACAAUGUGAUGAAGAUCGCUGACUUCGGUCUGGCUCGCGACAUCCACCACAUAGAUUACUACAAGAAGACGACAAACGGUCGUCUGCCGGUGAAGUGGAUGGCCCCAGAGGCUCUGUUCGACCGAAUAUACACUCACCAGAGCGACGUGUGGUCCUUCGGCGUGCUGCUGUGGGAGAUCUUCACGCUGGGCGGCUCGCCCUACCCCGGCGUGCCGGUUGAGGAGCUCUUCAAGCUGCUGAAGGAAGGUCACAGGAUGGACAAGCCCAGCAACUGCACCAACGAGCUGUACAUGAUGAUGCGGGAUUGCUGGCACGCCGUCCCCUCCCAGAGACCCACCUUCAAGCAGCUGGUGGAAGACCUGGAUAGGAUCGUGGCCAUGACCUCCAACCAGGAGUACCUGGACCUCUCCAUGCCGCUGGAUCAGUAUUCUCCCGGCUUCCCGGACACCCGCAGCUCCACCUGCUCCUCGGGAGAGGACUCUGUUUUUUCUCACGACCCUCUUCCGGACGAGCCGUGUCUUCCCAAGUUCCCCCCUCAGCACACCAACGGUGGACUGAAGCGACACUGA